AAACAUAUGCCUCCACUGUUUAUCAGCGAGUCUCGAAAAAUCCCACAAUAAAAUUAAGUCACACUUUCCUCACGCUAUUCAAUCAAUAAAUCGCUCAGACUUUAAGACACGUCAAUAUUUUCCCGAAGAGAUUAUAGGAUAUCUCAACUGUGCCGUAGAGAUGAUAAGGAUAAGAGCAUUUUAUCAGUUAAUAUAAAUAGAUGCUGCAACAGUUUUUACUCAAUCAUUUUGUGGGUGGUGAAUUCAGUGGCAAGAUGAAGGUUGUGCUUUUCGUGUUGGCCCUCGUGGGCUCUUCUCUGGGUCUCAUCUUCGAUAGGGAAUGCCCCGGUCAUUCUGCUGUUGAAAAUUUCAACACUGAACAGUACCAAGGAGUUUGGUACGAAGUCUACAGAUAUGAGACAUCAGAGCAAUAUGGAAGUGACUGCGCUACCUUCGAGUAUUAUGCAACUGGAGCUGAUACGAUGGACUUGGUUUUCCGAUGGGUGUACAUUGAGAAUAACUUUGAUGAACUGUAUCGUUAUGGAAAUGCUGUUCGUGAGGCUGGUGCGGCAGGAAGUGCUCGCUUCCAGGUGACUUUCGAUGAUGAACCAGGCAGAAACAUUAAUUACCAAGUUCUUGCCACUGAUUACGACUCAUUCUCUCUCAUUUGGAGUUGCCACAAUCUUGGCAAUGGACAAUCCAAUGAGGAUGCUUGGGUUUUGUCCAAGAUUCCUCAUCCCGAUAUGGAUGAAUUCGAGCAAGUUGUUGGCGGAGCCAUUGACGCUUACCUCGACAGAGCCCAUCUCCGUGGAACUGUUCAGGGAUGGGAGAAUUGCACCGAUAUCCCAGCUCGUGCUUAUUUUGGACUUAAAUAAACCUGGAAAAUGGAGUUUCUUCUGCCAAAGGAAAUAAAUACUUUUAUUUAA